AAAUAUAUCUGGGAGGUGCAUUCAAUUCGAUCGAAGUCGAGUCAUCAGAGGAGUUCAGGCGUUGCGUGGUUGUGAUUUAUGAUGGCAGCCACCGGAGAAGUUGAAAUCCCCACCGUCGAGAAGCCAGUGGAGGAGGUUCCGGCGACGGAGGAGUCGCAGCAGGUGGAGAAACCUAUUGAGGAGAAGAAGCCAAGAGUUAGGAAGGAGAAGAAGGCCAGAGCGCCAAAAACGGCUUCUCAUCCUCCAUAUUUUCAGAUGAUCAAGGAGGCUCUGUUGUCGCUGAACGAGAAGAGCGGUUCGAGCCCGUACGCGAUCGCCAAGUACAUGGACGAUAAGCACAAGGCUGUGCUCCCUGCGAAUUUCAGGAAAAUGUUAGGUCUUCAGUUGAAGAACUCCGCCGCGAAGGGGAAGCUUAUCAAGAUCAAGGCCUCGUACAAGCUAUCUGAAGCAGUUAAGGGCACAGGAAAGGCCAAGGCGGCAGCCGAGAAUAAGCCUAAGCCUAAGGCUAAGUCCACCGCCCCGAAAGCCGGUCCUCCGAAGACAAGAGGAACUAAGAGGAGGUCGAUGACGGAGAAGAAGAAGGCUGCGCCGAAGAAGGCGAGGAAACGGACGCCAGCAAAACCGAAACAGCCCAAGUCCAUCAAGUCCCCUGUUGCCAAGAAAGCCAAGAAGGCUGCAGCCUAAUAAGUGAAUAUGUAUAAAUAGAGAGCGAGAUAGAUGAAUAAAUCUAGUAUCUGUGAAUAUAUAAGAGUUUUCUCAGAGUCCUCAUCCUUCUCUAUCCAGUCGUCGGAGAAGGCAAGUGUUUUGCAGAAAUUUGGACAUAUGGGUUGCUUUGUAAUCUGCAAGUUCUGUUAGGUGGUAAUAAAAUAAACUUUUUGUGGUUUA